GGCUCAGAACUCAAAUCCCGAAGCAAAUCAGACUGCAUCCAGUUUAUGACUUGAAGAAACAUAACAUAUCUGCCGGAUAUUGACGAGACUGAUAUAAGCAGACAAAAUUCAAUUUCAGAAAAUCAAGAUUACAUUGCAACCAAGAUCUAGCCAAAGCUAAACAUGUUUGGAAUUAUGCAGAGAAGUGCGAACUGGGCCCUCAGGAGACACCAGGCUGUUGGUCGAGUGAUACAAUGUCAGAUAAAAAGAAAAUACCUGGUUGACAAACUGAAAUAUCAGACAAAAAAGAGCCAAGUUGCUCUGGUGGAUUCUCUUCAAAAACAAAAAGAUGAGCCGUUUUUGAGUGCUCCACAGAUGCAACAGAUUGGAAAAUGGAACGCCGAUUCCGAGAUGGUUAGCCUUAUACGUUCUACAAAGUGUCUGCUCCUUUGCAAUUCAUACAACACACUUUCUUUGGCAGUUGCUACUGAACUGAGGAGUUUCGGAGCUGAAGUUGAUGUCAAAGUCAUUCAUAAUGAGCAUGACUUUACUAUUGCUGAUGAAGGAGAUUUUGACAUUAUAAUAUGCCCAUUUCUGACAAAAAGAGUUCCAGAGAGGAUUUGGAGUAAUAAAGAGCGACCAUGUUUGAUUGUGCACCCAGGAAUCCCAGGAGAUCGGGGUCCCGCAUCAAUAGAGUUUGCAAUUAAGAAUAAGGCACUUAAUUGGGGAGUUACAGUUUUACAAGCAGACGAGGACUUUGACAGAGGUUCUAUUUGGGCAUACGGUAUGUUCCCUAUAUCUGCAAAGAACACCACAAAGACCGAAAUGUAUGUGUCUGAAGUCACAGAGUGCGCUGUGGAUACAGUACUGAGAGCGGUAGCAAGAUUUAAACUAGGAGAUUCACCAAAACCUUGGCAGUAUGGUGAUGAUAAUAUUAAAGGAAAUCUCCAGACGAAGAUAAAAAAGGCAGAUAGAAGGAUUGACUGGAACCAACAUGCUAGCGAUGUUGCUCGCCAUAUACGAAUGUUUGACACACAACCUGGGGCACAUGGGUUUUUGAAGGGGAUUGAUGGAGAGAUUAGAUUUUUUGGGGCCCAAGAAACGCAACCACUUUUGUACUGUGGCGAUAAAAUGCGUGAUCUGCUAACAUCUGCUGAACCAGGCGAGCCAAUAGGCCGAAAACAUAACUCCAUUCUCAUAAAGUGUGGAGAGGAUUCAUCAUUGUGGGUUUCUCAUUUGAAGUCAAACAAAAUCCCAGGAGUAAAGAAUAUAAAGUUACCAGCAACGAUGGUGUACACAAAACCACUGGCUGAAAUGAACACACUUGACUACGAGGAUGUUUGGGUAGAGAUGCGAGAUAACGUCGCAUACGUCCAUUUUGAUUUCUAUAACGGCGCCAUGGACGUGUCACAGUGUCAACGCCUCCAACACAUGCUCAAAAACAUCAAACUGCAGGACAACAUAGAUGUUGUGGUCCUUAUGGGCGGAAAACGGUUCUUCUCAACUGGAAUUCACCUGAAUGUGAUCGAGCAGGCAGAUGAGCCACACAUCGAGUCAUAUGCCAACAUAGAAGCAAUAGAUGAUGUCAUCAAAGAAUAUGUUCAAAUGGAAGAUAAACUAGUUAUAGCUUGUCUUCAAGGAAACGCUGGUGCCGGAGGUUGUAUGAUGAGCGCAGCAGCAGAUUAUACUAUAGCCCAUAAGUGCGUAUCUUUGACGCCAACAUACAAAAGCAUGCACUUAUAUGGUUCUGAAUAUUGGACAUACUUCCUACCCAGGAAAAUCGGGAACGAAAUGGCGCUUGAUCUCACGUCUCGCACAGACUCAAUAAUGGCCAGCGAGGCAUACUCCAUUGGCCUAGUUGACGUUCUACUCGGAAGAAAUGGUUAUGAAUUAAAUGACAACAUUCAUGAAGCAGUCACUGGUAUUUGGAACAGCUUUGACAGUAGACUUGUUCUAAAUUCGAAAUCAAGGCGAUCGGAAAAAUGGUACGAAAAUCUGGAGGAGCACAGGGCAGCUGAAUUACGUCUAAUGAAGCAAUGCUUUUCGGAUCCAGCUUACCAUUCUGCCCGCAGGGAUUUUGUUUUUCAUUAAAAUAUAGCAACAUGUUAAAAUGAAGUGAACUCUUUUGAAAGAAUUUAGGAUUUGAAUAUUUUUUUGUAUCAAUGUAGAAUCUAGAAAUAUAAUAAAAUGUGUAUUUUAAGUUAA